AUGGCGUCCAAACUUUACCUCAUUCCGAAUCCCAACUAUCAGAAAUCUGGCAUCAAAUCGUAUGUCCAUCUGAUGCGCAAGUACCGGAUCCGUCCUACAAAAGAAGGCCCAUAUUCCAUCGGUCAUACCCUGCACCAGACUGGCCGCCCUUUCUCGGACAAGCCGGUCCGCUCUUCAGAACUACCGCAAGCUGAGGGUCAUCACUUUUUCGAUCCUUCGAAAUCCUCGACAUUUCAACCCACCAACCGAUGGCCCUGGCAGAUGCUAGGACCGGAUAGAUCAUCGAUAUCUGGGCCAAUCGGCAUUGACAACGUGACUUUGGGUGAUGUGACGAUCAAGAACCAGGAGAUCAAGCUGGCAAGCAAGAUGUCAUCCGAAUAUGAUCAAUUCUCAGGAGACGGAGUUUUAGGACUAUCACUCCAAUCUGCUUCGUCGGAUACGCGCGAUGUCGCGGACAGCAUCCGGGGUCAAGCUGAUCUCCCACCGAGCGCGAAGCUUUUCACAGUGAAACUAGGCUCCUGGGGCCGCUCUAAACCAUUCUGUUCGUUCGGGCAUAUUGACCAGGAUGUCCUUGCAGACUGCACGGAAGAUAUUCAUUACGCCAAAGUCGAUAGUACCAGCGGUUUUUGGAAAUUCGAAUCCACCUCUGCUGUCGUUGGAGAGAAGGUCAUCGACCGUCCGAUGAACGAUGCGAUGCCCGACAUCAGUGCCCCGCUAACAUUACUUGACGAUACCGCAUGCCAGGCUAUCUACGAUGCUAUUCCAGGAGCACUCUAUGAUAGUGAAUGCCAGGGAUUCAUCUUUCCGUCUAAUGUGCCGGUGGACCAGCGACCUUGUCUCCAGUUGGACAUAGAAGGACGAUUGGUUGCCAUGUUCAAAGAGAAUUUGGCAUUUGCUGAGGCUAAGCCCGGAUACAUGUACGGAGGGAUCCAGAGCCGUGGACAUGGACAGCUGGAUACCCUUGGCGCUAAUUUCCUCGAAGGUGUCUAUGCGGUAUGGUCAUGA